CAGGCGGGCGGCCAUGUUACAGCAGCUGGGACGGCGUAGUGGCUUUUUCUGGUUCCCGCGGCGGCCGGUGAUCUGCAUUGGCUUCUGAGUGGUUUGGACCUGUUAGAAGCUCCCACUAGCCUAAUGCCAUGAAUGCUGAAGCGGACAAUGUGGAAGAAAAAGCUGUACAUUCCUGGUCAAGGAUCUCCUCUGCAGGACAGAAAGCAUUGGAAGAAGCUCUCCGAGUAUUCAACCCCAUGUCUAAGGACCUUUCUGACACAGAGACUCAGCUGGUAGCUUUUCUUCAGGGUCUGAAAGAGGAAGGCUACCAGCCCACUAUUCUAAGGAGCAAGGACGUGUAUGGGUAUAGCUCGUGCACAGCCAAAACACCCAGCCAGGUGAAAGGCAGCCCCCAAGACUCUUCAAAAAUAGCUGCUCCUAUUUUGGACUCUGUUAAGGCUCCUGCUCGAAGCACAGUGACGGUGGCAAAACUGCCUGCCACACUAGCAGGCAUUACAGUAAGUUCGCCUAAAGGUCCGGCUACAGCAUUGUCCAAGAGCAUCAGUUCUACAAAUCUCCUGUUGAAUUCAUUGAAACGGACACGUUCAGACACAUCAGAAGCCUCAGCAGUGGGCUUCCCUGCUAACAUGUACCCUGGUGUCUAUCCAGCCAUGAGGCUGUCUGUGGUGCUGGAAGCCUUAGUCCCACUAAAAGCCACCGCAUCCUGCCUAGAGUCUAAAUGCAAGCAAGGGCAUCUUGGGAUUUCUCCCUCAGACCUUAAACUCCUUAAGGCGGCGAAUGCAUCCAGGCAAUCUCCAGCAGUCAAGGCGACAAAAAUGUCACCAGUUCAGUUGGACCCCAAAGGGUAUAGGCACAUAAUAAAGAAGGUGCCGGACUCUGCUGCCCUGACUACAAGCCUUUUGAAAGGACCAAAGGGUGGGGUGCUGCAGGAAAGCAAUGCAUGUAAAGCCUCUGGAAUCCUGAACGGCAGGAUUUCCGGAAGUGCUUCCCAGAGCUGCAGUGCAGGGGCCUCCAAAACUAAAGAGCCAUCUGUGGGCAAAACAGAAUGGAGAGGAGGUGGCAGUCAACAGGAGACCGUUGGGCCAAAAAGGAAAAGAGCUGAGGAAGCAAAAGAAUUGCUGCGCAGAAAGAAACCCAAUUCCCUUCCAUCUUCCAGUAAACCAGAACUGGCUUCGAACACACUGAACCUGCUGAAAUUCCGGGCCAUCAAGGUGGACAGCUCUUCAGACGACGAAUUGAGGAGGAGAGCGCAGAAGAUCCUUAGGGUUAAUCUGUCCCCUGUUAUCAGAAUUCAGCCUUUGCCCCAUUCUCACAGUGUCCCUUGAGCCAGCUGCAUUGGAGCCACAUGGUCACGCCGUGAGGAUGACCGGACCAACUUCCCAGCUCCUGAGCAUGGCGAGGAUGUAGUUACGUGUGUCUGCAUUCCUCUGGCAGCCUGCCACAGUGAAGCAAUUGGGGAAAGUUCUGUAGAGCUGGACAACUGCUGGAUUAUAAAACCGUGUUUAGAAAUACUGGAGGUCUCCGAGGCUCUGUUGAGAGAAAUGUGGAGCAGAGCACCAGCUUCCUCUGGGACAUACUUCUACAGUGCAUUUGUAAACAUGGCAGAGCACACGACUGGGAGCACCAGGAAUAUUGCUGUACUGUGAUUUUUCUUUUUUCUUUUUUUCAAACUGUAAAUCUACUGGGUUUUAUUUUGAUCAUAUUUUGUAUACUUAUUAAAUAUAAAUAUCUACUGACUCAUGUAUAUGCAUUUGCCCGAGGGUAGUCAGAAUGUGACCACCUCUUUGUCUUUCCCCCCUUCUCUAGAAUUGGGUUCAAGAGCUUUUCUCCCUCGCCUUUUUCUUUCCUUCUUUCUUUUUUUGUUGUUGUUCUGGAAAAAUAACAGGGCCUUUGUUUCCAGGAUUGGCUCCCUUAGUCACCAUAAACCUAUAUGAUUUGCUAGUCACUGGAUGGUUGUCCGCUGCUGCUACCACAGUGCAGCUGGAUGGGGCUCACAUUUUCAUGCCUGCUGGAAAGGAGUGGAAAGGCGGAAUCGGAGAGAGCAUGUUCUUUCUCUGGUAUCCGUCUUCUACAAUGUCGACACCCCCGGCAGAUUGUGAGGCUGCAGCAGUGGAAGAAGGAUGGUGGCCCCUCAGUAAAAAAAAAGACUGCCAAAGGGGAAGGACUGACCAAGUCCCCAGCAUGCCCCUCAUGAGUAGGGAAGGAGGCCCAACUGAGUGCUGCCAAACAUGUGCCAUAGGGAGCACCUCUGUCUAUGGAAAAGCUUUCUGAAGACUUGGUGCCUGCAACUUAGUAGAAUUCACAAGAGAAACCUAGCUUCCAGCCCUCUGUACCUUCUGUACUUCUGUCUGUUGCCCUCCCAAGAGUGACUGUGAGCCCUAUGGAGUUGACUUGUACUGUUACAGCUGUUGAUUAAGUUAAAAAAUGAACCUGUAGCUGCCUCUGAGCCUAAGAGCUUGAUAGCUAGUUAACAGUAUCUUCAGGUGCAAUUGUUAAAACAUCUCUGCUACCAGACAUCCCAGUAAUAGGCUGUCCCUUUCUGAGGAACGCAUUGCUGCCAUUGUGCUUCUGAAUGUAUCAGACGCGUCUGAACCUUCUAGGUUACAGCGGCUGCAAUAGCCACAGGAGAUUGCUGGGCUUGAUGGAGGGGAUACUGGAUGCCAUUGCUUGGCCUGAGGAGGGAAUUCGCUAAAAUCACAGAAGAGGUUUCUGGCCUACGGGGCACUGAGAGUUCAGAAAUACACACAUCAGCAUCUUCAGUAUUUUAAAGUUUCAUUUUAGUUGGUGCCACAUCUGCAAACCUAAGCUUGUGUUAAGCCUGGUGAGGCCCUGGGGCUUCCACAGGGCACACUGGCAAUAAUAGUUCUGCUCUUGCAAAAUCGCAGUUACCAGAGUUGGGGGGGGGGGGGAAUGACAUAGAUUAAAAAAAAAACACUAAGAUUUUAAUGAAAACAUGCUGUUAGCAUGCAUGAUUGACAAAGCCCAAGUUUUCUUGCUAACAGAAUACAGUUUUGCUAUGCUGCAGUCAUUUUUAGCAAGUCAUAGUUUCUAAAAAAAUUUGGUCUUCUUUGUUUAGGGUGGUUAACAACCAACAGCCAUUGUUUAGGGUGGUUAACAACCAACAGCCAUUUCACAAAUUAUACAAAAUGAGGUAAUAGACUGAGGGAGAAGAAUUUUCAGAUCACAGAUUACUUUUUUCAUUCUGUACAACUUAAAAAAAUUCUCUAACCCCCCAAAUAAUACUUGGAAGUUAUCACCUUGGCUUUGAUGCAAGUUUUGGAAUAUGCAUGGAGGCAUCAUAGAGGCAUCUCCCAUUCUUUUGGGUCACUUUGGGCACUCUCCACUACCCCCAUUUUCUCUUGUGGGGUAAAGUUGGCUCAGCCCUUCUCCAGGUUUAUGGAGGAUUCUUGUAUGCUAUGAGAUAGCUUUUGUUCUGAGGAGAAUGAACCCAUUCUUGUACAGUGCUGCUGACCUGAUCAUUAAUCUUCUCCCAGCUCCAAACUGCCUCAACCUUCCCUUCAUGGACGAUUGGCAAAUGCUUCGCAUCACAUAGCAACCAGUGCUACUACCUUCAGCCACACAUCUUCUCAAACUGAGACAAUGCUGGGACAAUCUUUGCAUCCCCCAGGGUGCUACAUAUUAAUUUCCUGAGGGUCUCUGGAUCUGAGUCUCUCCUGCUGUUGAGCAGCAAGGGGAGACAUUCUUUUGCCUCUCUCUGUGUCCCCAGUACUUUGCCUGUCCCAGUUAGGUCAUUCUCUCUGAACUGAAGAAAUCUGACUGUCCUGUAAACUCUUCUGUCCUGGGUAUUCAAUAGUAGGAUAAAGAAAAGGUCUUCUGUAUGUUACUUCAGCUUUCUCUUUCAUGACUUCGUGUAAAACCAUAUAAUUGUUGUAUUUUUCCAAUGUCCUUAAAUGGAUGCCAUGUCCCCCCUUCAAGACUCUGUCAAAAUCAAUAAAUACCAUUACAGCGGCAUUCAGAGGUAUCCCUACUCAGAACUGCCACCUUAACAAGCCAGCCUAAUUUCUGGUGGAGCCUUGGACUCUUUUUUUUUAAAUUUAAUAAACCUUUUAUUAACUUUAAAAACAACAUACAAUGCGUAAAGAGCCUUGGACUCUGGCUUUGAAUACGUACAUACUGUGGCUUCAUAUGAGAGACAGAUGUAAUCUGGCCUAACUCUUACGGCUUUGAACAUCACC